AUGGAAUUCAGGGAUGCUGCGUUGAAGAUGGCCGGAAUCGAGAAUCCUUAUCUAGCUGAGCAGAGCAAGAACAGAGAAGUCAAGGCGAUUAUGGCUGAUAAGAAGGAGUUGCAGGGGUUCAAGAAUGAGGGGCAAAAGGAGAAAGCAAAGGAGAUAUUGGCCACGUUGGCCGAAAAGCUAGGGAAGCAGAAACCUGCUGUUGUCGCUACUCAAGAACAAGAAUCAGCUUCAGCUAAAGACCUCUCACAGAUUGUGGCAAAACUACCGUUUGGAGCGACUCUUGCAUCAUCAGAUGAAGAACUAAAAAGCUUCUUUGUUUUUGGCUUCGACCCGCAGAUACCCCAGUACGUGGUGAAGGACUAUUGUGAGAAGUUGGCUGGCCCGGUCUCGACAAAGAUAGCCCACCGGGCACGCUGUGGCUUCGUUACUUUUGAAUCUAGAAGUGAAGCUGACAAGUUUGCCAAAAAGCUCGAGAGCGUGAAAAUCAGCAAGUCCAGCAAAACGGCGGCUCUUGUGGUUCUAGAAAAGAAGUACCCUGUGCGUUUCUGCUGGGGCGCUCCGAAACCACUUGGCGGGUCUGGUGCUGAACAGGGUAAAAUUGGUGCAGUGGUGGUGAAGGUAAUGAAGCAAUUGGCCGAGAAGGAUGCCAGUGAGGGUAAGAGGAAGCGGAAGACGGUAACGGAGGAGCCCCGCAAGGCUCCCAAGAAGACAUAUAAUGCCGAGAGGGAGAUAGAGUUGUGA